GCGGUGUUAGCGGCUUAGUUUAUUGUGGUUGUUAUGUACAGUUCAAAAUAUGUCGAUAAACUAAAUGUACAUACGAUAGACGUUUUCAAACGCUUCAGUAAGGAUAAAAUUCAUUGAUAUAUUCAUUUUUCCAUAGAGUAAUUUGACCCUUUCUGCUCUGGGCUAACAAACUGCAGAGCUAAGCUAACAUUAGCCAAGCUGUCAAGUAGCCAGUUUAACACAGCACUUUCUUGCUAGCUAACUAGCUAGCAAUAGAUUUUAAACGAGAACAACAAAGAAAACGUCGUAAAUACUGUGCCGUUUGUGAAUAUACUUUGUCUUAAAGUCACAUUAUGAAGUGUAUAGCUCUAUUUUAAUAGUAAGCUACCAGUAGUUUGUCCGUUUUUAGAUUAUGUCAGUGAUAUUGAUUGUACUGUAACGUUAGUCCACUGACUCGAGCUAGACAGCCAGGUGGCUAUUUAAUCAAGGAGUUAUUAACACUGAGAAUCCGAGAUCGUGUUAUCCGAUCAAACAUGGAUAAGAAAUCAUUCGACAUCGUCUUAGACGAAAUCAGGAAGUGCGUGCUAACAGAUCAGCGGAUUAAGGCGAUAGAGCAGGUGCACGGGUACUUCUCCAGCGAGCAGGUAAUGGACAUGCUGAAGUACUUCUCCUGGGCAGAUCCUCAGAUCAAAGCUGUCAAAGCUCUUCAACAUAAAAUGGUUGCCAUCCCCACUACCAAAGUGGCCAACAUCCUCAACUGUUUUACCUUCUCUAAGGACCGACUGGUGGUUCUGGAACUCAUAGCUCUGAACAUCUCUGAUGCCCAGAACUACCGUCCCGUAGAGGACCUGUUCCGUAUUCACCUGUCUGAGAAGAAACGAGCCCGUAGGAUCCUAGAGCAGGUGUGUAAGGUGGGCUGCAAGGCUCCAGUAGCCAUGAUCUCUUCAUGUGGGAUGAUCCCAGGGAACCCUUACCCUAAAGGCAAGCCGAGCCAGACCACUGGCACCUUCCCUGGAACUCCUGCAAAGAAGGAGGGAGAGGAGACCCCUGCCAACACCGAGGGGAAAGGCAUCGCAGCCCGCAUCAUUGGACCAUUCAAACCAUCUCCGUCGUCCUACAACCCUCAGCGGCCGGUACCCUACCCCAUUCCCCCCUGCAGACCUCACGCCACCAUCGCACCGAGUAGGUACAACAACGCAGGGCUGGUAUCAGUGGGCGGGGUCAUAACGACCAGCGUUCUCCCCCCACCCUACAGCGCCAGCACCAAGCCCACAGGCUACGCCAGACCUGCCAAUCAACAACAGCACCCUGUCACAGGUGUCAACUCCACAGCCCUCCCAUCUCCCCUCGGCUCCCCCACAGUCCCUCCCGUGCCCUCCCCCUCUCACCCCACUCCCACCACCCCCAUCACCCCUGUGUUCCCUGGUAAGGUCCCCUCCCAGAACCCUCUAGCCCCCUCUCCCUCCCCCGCCCCCUCUCCCUCCGUCAUCAAAGGUGGUCCCCUCCCAUCCGGUUCCCCCCAUCUGCCCCCCACCACCCCCUCCGUCAUUAAGGCCCACACCCCCUCAGCUACCCCCUGUGGCACCCCAGGUCCCCACCACCCAGGGGCAUUCUCCCCCUCUCCCUUCCAUGCUGGUGCCUCUCGGUCAGACACCCCUACUCCAAGGACCCCCCUCCCUGACCCCCUCCCUCAGGGUACCUCCAUGGGCCUUCCGCAGUACAACCCCCAGACAGGCCCUGCCUUCCCUGGCCUGCCCGCAUACCAGACCACCCCGUCUGGGUCGGUGAUCCGCAGCUAUCCUCCCUCCUCCUCCUCGGCCCCCAGCCCCAAGCCCUCCCCAGCCCUGUCCGGCCAGGCCCAAGCAUCCUUCUACAGUGAGCAGCACCGCGGCCCACUGGCUAGAACAGGAGGGGGGACAGGCAGUGGCAGUAACAGCCCAGUCCCCUCUGCCUUUAAAGGCCCUUCACGUGCGGGGACUCCCUCCCUCAGCUCUCUGGUGAUGCCUGGCGGAUCAGCGGCCUUAGCCCGCUCCCUGGGUCUGUCCCACCCCUCUUCUUCUCCCCAGGGCUCCCUACCCAGCCCUGCUGCUAUGGCCAGCCUCCAGGCCCUCUCCUCCAGCCCGGCUCCCCCUCACUACCCCGGCCUCUCCCCCUUCCCCUCCUCCCUGUCCUCCUCUUCACCCUUCCCUCCAUCCUCCUCUCUGUCCUCCAUGACCCCCACCUCCCACCCCCAGACCUCCAUGGCCUACCCAGGCCUGUCUCACAGCGUAGCCACAAGCGGAGGCUCUCCCUUUGGGAUGGGUCUGACCACCACCCCAUCUAUCUUCCCGGGGUUGGUUCCAGGGCCCAGUCCAGGGGGGUUCUCAGGAUUUGGAGGUUCAGGAGGACCUGGGGCGGGGAGCCCCGUCCUGUCUUCCUUCAUGGGUGCCGGGGUGUCCGUAGCAACCGUAGCCCCUCUCCAUUCGGCGGCGGCCGUGGCAGCAGGAGUUCCGUCCUCCUCUCCCGUUCUACCUGGCUUUGCCUCUGCCUUCAGCUCCAACUUCCAGCCUGGGCUGUCUAGUGGCCUCCAGCCUACAGGGUGGUGCUGCGUUUCCUGGACUGUUGUCUUUCCCUGGCAUGCCAGGCUUCUCCCCCUCCCCCAGCCAACUACACAACCCUGCCAUGCAGUCAGCCCUGCUACAGGCCCACUCUGCGUCUGUAUUGGAGGGUUAUACCACAUAUCCCCCUGGACCUGGCAACCCCUUUCAACCUGGCCUACACCCCUCCCAGCUGGGCUGGCAGUGACCAGAACACUCUCUCACACACACUCACACACACACACACAAUAUGUACAUAUGCAAAAUACCCUAAACAUUCAUAUACACACUCACACACACACACACACACACACACUCACACACACAGUCGGUGGACUUGGGGUUGUAUUCCUCAACUCACUACAACCUGACUGUGAUAAAGAAAAGACACUUUGCAUACUUCUUCUGUUUGAACUUUCUCACUCCGUCAAUAUGAACUAAAAUAAGAGGAAGUAGAGAAAGAAAGAUCUGAGGACCAACUACACCACAGACAAAGAAUUGAGUUGAAAAUGGUUUAUUGAAAGCUUUGUUGUCACUGUAAACAGAGUGGACAAUGAUUUACCCAGAGGAUCGUGACUGAGACAAACUUCCCCACAGAGAGACAGAGAGGGAAAAGGUCUAUUUUAGCUUCAUCUCUCUUUCUGUCAAGAUGAGGUCUAUUGUAGAUCUAUCUGAUGUUCUGUAUGUCUGACUGUAGAUCUAUCUGAUGUUAUAUCUGUCUGACUGUAGUUCUAUCUGUCCGACUGUAGAUCUAUCUGAUGUUCUGUCUGGCUGUAGAUCUAUCUGAUGUUCUGUCUGGCUGUAGAUCUAUCUGAUGUUCUAUCUGUCAGACUGAUGUUCUAUCUGUCUGACUGUUGAUCUAUCUGAUGUUCUACCUGUCCGACUGUAGAUAUAUCUGAUGUUCUAUCUGUCUGACUGUUGAUCUAUCUGAUGUUCUACCUGUCCGACUGUAGAUAUAUCUGAUGUUCUAUCUGUCUGACUGUAGUUCUAUCUAUCUGAUGUUCUAUCUGUCUGACUGUAGUUCUAUCUAUCUGAUGUUCUAUCUGUCUGACUGUAGAUUUAUCUAUCUGAUGUUCUACCUGUCUGACUGUAGAUCUAUCUGAUGUUAUAUCUUUCUGACUGUAGUUAUAUCUGAUGUUCUAUCUGUCUGACUGUAGAUCUGUCUGACUGUUGAUCUAUCUAUCUGAUGUUCUAUCUGUCUGACUGUUGAUCUAUCUAUCUGAUGUUCUAUCUGUCUGACUGUUGAUCUAUCUAUCUGAUGUUCCAUCUGUCUGUCUGACUGUAUAUCUAUCUGGCUGUAAACAGAGUGACAAUGGUUUAUGAUUUAAACCUGGUGCUGUGUUUCAAAUAGUACCCUAUUCCCUAUAUAGUCCACUAUUAUAUAGUCCACUAUUAUUAUAUAGUCCCCUAUUCCCUAUGUUGUCCACUAUUAUUAUAUAGUCCAC